AUGUCCUCCAAAACGUUCAAGAUCGCCAUGCCUGAGGGCCUCGAUACGCACGAUACUUCUCCUCCGCCCCUCCCGAGCUGGCUGAAGGGCUUUUGCGUCACGUCCAAAGCGCCCAGCGACGUGAGAAGGGCCGGCUUGGAAGUGUGCAACCUUCUCGCCGACGGGUUCUUCAAGCUCUCCUACGACGACGUCUCCGUGCCCAGAUCCAUGGUCAAGCCCGGCGAGACGGAGGUGCCGUACGACACCGCCGAGGCAAUUCUCGUCCCCGGCUCACCCGGAACGAUCUUCGUCGCGCUGCGCCCCGAUAACACCACAGUAGACCCUGUGCUUCUGGCUCGCGCUCUUAUCGAAGAGGCUGACCACGUUGGAGCCGAGGGCUGGACGAAGACUGCGCACACACAGCGUAUCAUCCCGGUUGAGAGCAUCGCCCCGGAGAUGGACUACCUCCAGCUCGCGAAGCAGAUCAUCUCGCAGCGCUUUCCCGAGAUCCAACCCCAGCAGGAGCCGAAGAAAAGCUUUGCCGUGCGGUACGAGGAGCAUAGUCCCGCAGUCCACCUGAACUCUGCCGAAGUGCAAAAAGCCGUCGCCGACCUGGUCCCGGACUCGUACACGGUAAACCUCGAGAACCCGGAUCUCACCAUACUCAUGGUCGUCGCGGGUGGUUCCGUGAUGAUGUCAGUCGUCGAGGGAUACGAGAAAUUGCACCGCUUCCACAUCCACUCUGCGUCGUACGUUGCUUGA